AUUCGUCUUUAAAAUAUCGUGCAAACACAAAAGUGAUAAUUAACAGACACUUGGAUAGAUUUUUAAUACAUAAUGUGAAGUGUAAAACAUUUAGAGACAAGGAUGCACAUAAAUCAUAAUUAAACUCUCAAAAACCAUUUAUGUACAUCAGCAAAUACUGGAAUGGAAUGACGGCAAAUAUUGCUAGUUGUGUGCAGUUAACUUUUCUCUAUUUUUUCACAAUCUUAUAAUGCAUUUAUCAUGGUAAACACAGAAAAAUAGUAUAGCUUCCUGAAGAAAAAAAGUAAUGUAGGCUUAGAAAGGUCAGUUGAGUGAGAUCCAUUCUGUUGUAUGCUAAAAAUGGAUCAUAUUGAAAUUUUAGGCAAUGAUAUGGAGAAUUCAUAGGAAACUUAAAUUGUUCUAUUCUGAGGAAAAAAUAAGUUAACUGGAAACACGCAUCAUCUCUCAGAUUAUUAAAUAAUUUUGAUGAUUUGCCUCAAUAACAUUACAUCAGAAAAUCCUUCUGAAGUCAGAUAAACUUUGCUAUUCCUAAAUCACAGCUGAAGAAAUAGAAACUCAGAGAAUGUACGGGAUUUGUCUGAGGCCACCAAACAAAUAACUGGGGAAGUCGGGAUUCACCUCCGAGGUGUGCCUGACUUUAAGGUAUGCAUUCUUUCAGUCCAAUCCACAGCUUUUUUUGGCAGAUGCGUGAGAAACAACGAAGGUGUCCUCUCUACAAUGGUGAACAUCUUGGGUUUUUGAAAGGAGUGAUGAAGCUGUCCAAGUCCCUGUGGCACUCUUAUCCCAUCCGUGCCUGUCUCCGACUACUGUGCUCCAGAAUUCCAUAUUCCAUUGACUCCAUCCUGUAGGGCCAUCGAGCCUACACACCCCUUGCAGGCCUCAAAAUGAGCAAUGUUGUUGCUACCAAGGGGAUUGUUGAGGGCAUUUCAACAAAUGAAAUUCAAAAUGCGCAGGUGGGACAAGCAGAUGCAACUGAUUUAACUCGACGUCUACACAGCAAGCUGCAUGAUUUCCUUAAAAAGAAUCUGCAAUCCCUGGGCGUAGCUCAGAUAAUGAUUGGCCUGAAAUGUUUUGUAUUUGGGAUCAUUGAGAUUUUUUUUUACUGGCACAUUGACAUUAGGAAUCUUUUAUUCUGCUUUUAUACUGGCUACCCAUUCUGGGCUGCAACAUCUUUCAUCAUGUCUGGAUCUUUGACCAUCUCAAGUACAGAAAAACAAACAAAAUUUCUGAUUGGAGUCAGUAUUGGAGCUAACAUUAUCAGCACACUACUUUCAAGUGCUGGGAUAAUUCUUCUCUCAGUGAAUUUAGUUGAUAUAUUCUUACUUGAUUGCUUGGAGUUACCUGACUGUUUGUUGGUGAAACCUUUGAUAUUUAGUAUUGUGAUCCUUCAAAUGAUACUGACUUGUGUGCAGAUUUUUAUUUCGUUCUCUCUCUGUGGUCUCACUUAUACCGUGGAUGGCAAUGAGGUCAGCUGGGCUUCUGCACUAAGCUGCUUGAUCAGAUCACAUUCUGAAGAUACUUAUCAAGACUUACUGGCUCAACCUGAAAUUUAUGAAGACUUAGCGCUGCAAGAUAUAGCACCAUCAUAACAUUUUUUUCACCACACCAAGUGCAUCGUGGAUCCAUGAUGACAACCAAAGACAGAUCUUCUGAUAGGAACCUUCUACAAAGACCCUGUUCCCCAUGUCUUUUAUUAUACAAUUUCACACACACACACGCACACACACACACACACAAACACACUAUUAGCAUGUAUAUGUGCUUAGUUUCAUAGCUGACCAGCAAAUACCAUUAUUAGUAUUUCAUGACUUAAUAGACCUCUUUUCAUUUGGAUGAUCUGUUACCAUUUUUAAGCAAAUUUUAGUUCUGAAGCCUCAGAUAGGUAUUUGUUGUUACCCACUUGCUCCUUCCUAGAAAAGAUACUGUCCUCUGGGUGAAAAAUCUUUGUACAAAUAGUUUGAGUAAGUAGUGGCAUACCAUCUGCCACGGGGGCCAGUCUAAGUUCCUCUGACUGUUGACUAGCCUUUCUCCCUUGCUGGUGUCAAGGUGAAAUUGAGAAAAUAUAAUGCGAUAAAAAAUGGAUAUGACCACACUCUAAUGUAUGACAUAUCAUAAAAAUCUAGUGCAACUUCAUUAUUACCUGAAUGCCGAUUUAAUCACCCUACCACUCAGUCGGGGUUUUUUGGUUUUUUUGGUUUAUUUGUAAAUAAUGUUGCUUCCUUCUUGGUCA